AUGGCGGAUUCGGAGCCAAUUACGCCUGGCCAGGUUUCGUUUCUGCUCGGAGUCAUCCCUGUCUUCAUAGCAUGGAUGUACUCAGAGUUUCUAGAGUAUAAGAGGUCUUCAUUGCACUCUAAAGUCCAUUCAGAUAAUAAUUUGGUUGAAAUGGGUGAGGUGAAAACAAAGGAAGAGGAAGUAGCAGUUUUACUGGAAGGAGGUCUUCCAAGAUCAAUCUCUUCAAAGUUCUAUAACUCGCCUAUCAAAGCCAACUUGAUUAGGUUUCUGACGCUGGAAGACUCUUUCUUGAUUGAUAAUCGAGCAACCUUGAGAGCGAUGGCUGAGUUCGGAGCUAUUCUUUUCUACUUUUAUAUUUGUGAUCGAACAAGCUUGAUUGGAGAGUCUAAAAAGAAUUACAACCGAGACCUUUUCCUCUUUCUCUACUGUCUGCUCAUCAUAGUGUCAGCUAUGACGUCCUUGAAGAAACACAACGACAAAUCACCAGUAACCGGAAAAUCCAUUCUCUAUCUUAAUCGUCACCAGACUGAAGAGUGGAAGGGAUGGAUGCAGGUUCUGUUCCUGAUGUAUCAUUACUUUGCUGCGGCUGAGAUAUAUAAUGCAAUCAGGGUCUUCAUCGCUGCCUACGUCUGGAUGACUGGUUUCGGGAACUUCUCUUAUUACUAUAUCAGAAAGGAUUUCUCCCUAGCACGAUUCACUCAGAUGAUGUGGCGUCUUAACUUAUUUGUGACUUUUGCCUGCAUUAUUCUCAAUAAUGAUUAUAUGCUAUACUACAUCUGUCCGAUGCACACUCUGUUCACUCUAAUGGUGUAUGGAGCCCUCGGUAUCUUCCAUCGGUAUAAUGAAAUACCAUCAGUAAUGGCUGUGAAGAUUGCUUCAUGCUUUCUUGUGGUCAUUCUGAUGUGGGAGAUUCCUGGAGUUUUUGAGAUUUUCUGGAGUCCGUUAACAUUCUUACUGGGAUACACUGAUCCAGCUAAACCAGAUCUACCGCUUCUUCACGAAUGGCACUUCAGAUCAGGACUUGACCGCUACAUAUGGAUUAUUGGAAUGAUAUAUGCCUAUUUCCAUCCCACUGUGGAGAGAUGGAUGGAGAAAUUAGAAGAGUGUGAUGCCAAGAGAAAGAACUCAAUCAAGACAAGCAUAAUUGCCAUUUCAUCAUUUGUUGGUUACCUAUGGUACGAAUACAUAUACAAGCUUGACAAGGUUACAUACAACAAAUAUCAUCCCUACACAUCAUGGAUUCCAAUAACUGUCUACAUCUGUCUGCGAAACUCCACACAACAGCUUCGAAAUUUCUCCAUGACACUAUUUGCGUGGCUUGGAAAGAUUACUCUGGAGACCUAUAUUUCCCAGUUUCACAUCUGGUUAAGAUCGGAUGUGCCUAAUGGACAGCCUAAGUGGCUAUUAUCCUUCAUUCCAGAAUACCCGAUGCUCAACUUCAUGCUCACCACGGCCAUUUAUGUCUUGGUGUCUCACCGGCUUUUCGAGCUUACCAAUACGUUAAAGUCUGUUUUCAUACCCACAAAAGAUGACAAGAGACUGCUCCACAAUGUCCUCGCUGGAGCUGCCAUCUCUUUCUGUUUAUAUUUAACCGCUCUCAUUCUUCUCCAGAUCCCACACUAA